UUCUCCGUUACUCCUUUAAACCCUGUGAACCACCCAAUGGAACAUGAGAGCCAUGCUCACGCUCCUCUCUUCCUCAUCUUCAUCUUCAUCUCUUGUUCUUUUCUCUAAGAAACUAUUCUCUCUCCCAAAGCCCUCAUUAACUCUCUCCUUUUUCAGCAGAAAUACAGCCACCAUGUCCACUAACCUACAAUCUCAUGCCUUUGCUGGCAAUCCUAUAAGAUCAAAAACCCCCAAGUCAACUGACCCUUUUUCACCAAACUCAGCUCUUGAUUCACUGAAAACACAACUUUUAGACAACACUCUCCUUCAACAACCACCUUCUCCUGAUUUCAAGGUCUUGCCUUUUAGAAAAGGCAGGCCUUUAGCCUCGUCUAUCCCUGGUGAAAUGACCCCGAGUUGGCAUCUGGGUUGGAUCAGCUUGCCUGAUUGCAGGAAUUUAUUGGAAAAUUCUGGGGUCCAGUUGAGUGAAGACUGUUUAGUUUAUCUGGGUUCCCGCUCUGAGGAUGAUGUGGUGUAUUGGGCUAUCGACGUUUCAAGCGAGGCUGGCUUGGUUCCUGAAUUGGGUAGUAAGCAAUUUUGCUUUGUUGAACUGAGGACGCUUAUGGUGGCCACCGACUGGGCUGAUGAGCGGGCUAUGGGUGAAUUAGCUAUUGCUGGUAAUGCCAGGGCAUUGCUGGAGUGGCAUAACUUAUCACGUUUUUGUGGAGUUUGUGGGGCAAAAACAGUUCCCAUGGAAGCUGGGAGACGUAAGCAGUGCUCAAAUGUUCUGUGCAAUAAGAGGAUUUACCCUCGUGUUGAUCCAGUAGUCAUUAUGUUAGUCAUAGAUAGAGAGAAUGAUCGUGCACUUUUAAGCAGACAGUCAAGGUUUGUCCCUCGCAUGUGGAGUUGUUUAGCAGGUUUUAUAGAGCCAGGAGAAAGCUUGGAAGAAGCAGUGAGGAGAGAAACAUGGGAAGAGACUGGUAUUGAAGUGGGAGAUGUUAUCUAUCAUAGUUCUCAACCAUGGCCUGUUGGCCCGAGUAGCAUGCCAUGCCAGUUGAUGGUGGGUUUUUUGGCAUAUGCGAAAUCACUGGAGAUAAAUGUAGACAAAGAAGAGUUGGAAGAUGCUCAAUGGCACAGUAGAGAAGAUGUAAAAAGGGCAUUAACCUUUGCUGAAUACAAGAAAGCACAAAGAACAGCAGCUGAGAAGGUGGAGCAAAUGUGCAAGGGAGUUGAGAAAGGACAGAGCUUAGCAGCAGAUUUUAAUGUUGAAAGUGGGGAACUUGCUACAAUGUUUAUCCCAGGUCCCUUUGCGAUUGCCCACCACCUCAUCUCUUCCUGGGUCCACCAAGAUGUUGCCCCAAAUGGUGUCCAAGUUCGAACAGACCAAUCUAGCAGUUCUAUAUCAAAUUUGUAGUGGUGGCCUCUAUUGAACUCAAGCAACUGUGAAUCUGUAAUUUAUAUUCCUUAUUGCUUUUUUUUUUUUCUUUCUCAUAUUCAAUAUGGUGUUUAUGAUAACUGUUUCUGAAGCUGGUAAUGGCUAGUUGGCACACAACCGCUGUGAAAUUUUUUCUGUAAUAUGUAUUGUUCUAUCAGUUAGUAAAUUCCUAAAAUUAAAUUAGAGCAGUUCCGCACUAGUCACUAUUGGCAUGAA